AUUUUCUAAACAUGUAUUGUCACAGAAUAGCUUUACAAUUCUCAAAUUGGAACCCUAGCCUCCUCCACCACCGGCGUAUUCUUUUCCUCCUCUUCCGCUCGCAUAUUUUCUUGUAGAAGAAGAUAAUCUUUGUUUAGCCUUUAAACCAAAAAAUUAACUCAAUUUUUGGUCCGCAAGCUUAUAUUUUCUCAUCUACAGAGAAGAAGAAAAAAUCCCCAGCUUGUUUAUCGGAAGGGUUUCGUAUUGUUGAUUCUCUAGCUAUGGCUGCUAAGAUUCUUGCGAACUUGCUUGUAAUGGGUGGAGGAAUCUUGGCAAGAGCAGUUGUUCAGGCAUAUCGUCAAGCACUCACUAAUGCCGCAAAAAAUGGUGUUGCACAGGAGACAAUACAAAAUACCAUUCGCAGAGCUAGCAAGGCAAUGACAGAGCAAGAGGCUCGACAGAUUCUUGGUGUCUCUGCGGAAACUCCCUGGGAGGAGAUUAUCAAGAAAUACGAUAGUUUGUUUGAGAGUAAUGCCAAGAGUGGGAGUUUCUAUCUCCAGUCCAAAGUACAACGUGCCAAGGAAUGUCUAGAGGAAGUUCAACAUGGCAAGAGUCAGAAUACUCCUAGUUGAGAACUUAGAUUUUCGCCAUAUUUUAUAUUACCCCUUGUGUAAUCAUUUUGGCCUACAAGCUUGUAUACGAUUUGCGUUAUCAGAAGCUUCUGAACUAUAAUUUUAAUUACUACCAAAAAUGUACAUGAUUAGUUUGGGAUUGACUGCAAAAUAAAGGAUACUAUUUAUAGAACUGAACUACCCUGUAAUGUUUAACAAAAUCAAAAUCAGAAUGGUAGGCAAUGAUAGUAAUGUGAUAAAAAACAGUUGCAUGUUUCUUUAUUUGAUUGGCA